AUGAGUUCCGUAAUUGAAUUUCCCCGCAUUAAGGAAAUCCGUACCUUCGUCAUCGAUGGUGUUGGCUCCGGUGGUGAUUAUCACAAUGUCAAAGGUGGUCACUGGUUGAUCGAUAGCAACAUCUCCACUCCAAUGACCAAGUGGGCACAGUACCGCGGCUCACGCACUUCCUGGGGAAUCAACGUCCUAGGAUCAUUCUGUGUUGAGAUCGAGGCUACAGAUGGUACAAAGGGGUUUGCAACAGGCUUUGGAGGACCUCCAGCUUGCUGGUUAGUUCAUCAGCACUUUGAGCGCUUUUUGAUUGGCGAAGAUCCUCGUGACACAAACACUCUGUUCGAGAAGAUGUAUCGUGCCUCGAUGUUCUACGGCCGCAAGGGUCUGCCUGUAGCAGCCAUCUCGGUCGUCGACCUCGCUAUCUGGGAUCUACUGGGCAAGAUCCGCAAAGAGCCCGUGUACAAGCUUAUCGGUGGAGCGACUCGCUCACGUCUAGACUUCUACUGCACGGGACCGCAGCCUGGAGCGGCGAAAGUUGCGGGCUUCAGCGGCGCAAAGGUAGCUCUGCCGCACGGCCCAGACGAGGGAAUCGACGGUCUGAAGAAGAACGUCGAGUACCUCCGACUACAGCGAGAAGCUGUUGGGCCUGAUUUCCCUCUGCGCGUCGACUGCUAUAUGUCCCUGACAGUGCCGUACACGAUUCAACUAGUCAAGCGUUGCGAGGCAAUUGGUCUUGAUAUCGACUGGUGGGAAGAAUGUCUAUCGCCCGAUGAUUUCGACGGCCACGAGCUUCUGAAGAAAGCUCACCCCACCGUCAAUUUCACGACGGGCGAGCACGAGUUUUCGCGCUACGGCUUCCGAAAGCUUGUUGAAGGGAGAAAUCUCGAUAUUAUCCAACCGGAUGUUAUGUGGUUGGGCGGUUUGACCGAGCUGCUUAAGGUCUCGGCUCUUGCUGCGGCUUAUGAUAUCCCUGUUGUGCCGCAUGCUUCCGGUCCGUACUCUUAUCAUUUUGUCGUAUCGCAGACAAACUGUCCGUUCCAGGAGUAUUUGGCUAAUUCGCCUGAUGGCGCGUCUGUCUUGCCUGUUUUUGGUAAUUUGUUUGUUAACGAGCCUAUUCCCACGAAGGGAUAUCUUGAUGUCUCAGUCCUUGAUAAGCCUGGUUUUGGACUCGAGCUUAACCCGGCUGCUCCGCUAAUUCCUGCUUCUGCUCUGCUGACGCCGGCACCAAUGAAGAGUCUGCGUGCUCCGGAUGAGGUGGUCAGGGGUGAGAUUUAG